AUGCCAAAUGAGCACCGACGGCUGGUGGACACUGCAAAUGCGCCAAUUUGCUGCUGGCCACUGUGUUUCCACUUUGAGUUGCCAGAAGACACCGCGCCCCAGUUUGAGCCAAGAGAGGAGAGAGAAAUAUUCAUUUUGGACAUGUGGUGCCCUCGAGCCAAAACGGCAACCUGGUUUGGUUCGACCACAUUUAACCGGCCCGACCCGGCAGUUAGGGUAUCGACGCCCUCCCGCCUUCCCUCUCUUCCCCAUCCCCUUCUCCAAGUCGGCGGCGGUGGCGAUUUGGUUGACGGCGGUGGUGGCGCAGGCUUGGCGGGCGCGGGAUUAUCAAGCGGGCCGGUGGGGGCAAGCAGAGGCCUGAAGAUGGCGACGGGCUCCGGCGCUUCCUCCUCGACAGGUUCACGCGGACCGAGUCGACAGCCGCCGACGGGUGGGCAGCCGCUGUGCCCUUUCUGCCGGAUGGCCACCAUUGUGGAGCGGACCUCCAGAACCACAAACAACCCAGAUAAGCAGUUCUACACUUGCAAGAAUCGGGACUGGGUGAGUUUUUUGUACUUCAUGUUGUUCAUUUUCAUCAACGCCAACUCCAGAUCUAGGGUUCAUCCGAAAUCUCUGCUUGAACAGGGCAACAUCAAGUGCGCUUUCUUCAUGUGGAAGCCGGUGAGUGAUGACGUCGAUGCUGCAUCAUUGGCGGCCGGAGUCCAGGCAUUGGAGAAGUCUCUGUUGGCCCUGGGCAAUUCUGUUGAAGCUCAGAGUCUCCAUGUCAGUAGAAUAGCUGGGCAGCAGAGAGUGGAUAGGUGGUUGAAUGUGGCCAGUGUGUUUGUAGGAGUUGUGUGCUUUGUUGUCUUGUGCAGUUGUCUUGUGCAUCUUAAUGCAAAAGCAAGAUUAACUUUGUAA